AUGAGAUAUGGUAGUAAAUUUGAGAAAGGAUUAAUAUUGAAGUAUUUUUAGAAGGGUGAAGAGUACAUCUCUAUUGCGCGGUGUAAUUAAUCAAAUAACCCCCAAAGCUUAGAUUUUGAGGAUUGAAUUCUACUCAUUUUCCACUUUUUGAGAGAAGAAGAAGAGAAUAUGCAGUCUCUGCAUCAAAUUUCUCCUUUACCUUCUCUCAAACUCUCCAUUUCAACUCACACCCAACCCCUCACCUUCUUCCACCCUAGUUUCACAUCACAUCUUUCAACUUCACCUUAUUCCACAUAUAAACCUCCUGCUUUUCUUGGCUUAAAGCUCGUCAAUCCAAGAACCCACUUUCAUACUCUUCGUUGCAAUGCUGUCAAGGACUCUGGCGACGAAACAAAGUCGGCAGUGGACAGUGGAGGGGUCGAUGAUGGCGGAGGAGGAGGAGGAAGUGGCGGCGACGGUGGGGGUGGGGGUGAUGGGCAGCUGGAGAAAAAAGGUGGGGGUUUGUCUGACUGGGUCAAUUUUACUUCCGAUGAUGCAAAGACGGUCUUUGCUGCCAUAGCAGUUUCGAUUGCUUUCAGGACUUUCGUGGCUGAACCGAGGUACAUUCCUUCCUUGUCGAUGUAUCCUACAUUUGAUGUCGGAGACCAUGUAAUUGCAGAGAAGGUCUCUUACUAUUUCAGAAAGCCAUGUGCUAAUGAUAUUGUGAUAUUCAAAAGUCCGCCUGCUCUUCAAGAAGUGGGCUACACUGACGAUGAUGUCUUCAUUAAAAGAAUUGUUGCUAAGGAAGGAGAUAUUGUAGAGGUUCGUAAUGGGAAGCUAAUCGUUAAUGGAGUAGAAAGAAAUGAGAAGUUCAUCCUUGAAUCACCUUCUUACAACAUGUCACCUGUACGUGUACCAGAAAAUUCAGUCUUCGUGAUGGGCGACAACCGCAAUAACAGCUAUGAUUCACACGUUUGGGGUCCUCUACCAGCCAAGAAUAUACUAGGAAGAUCGAUAUUUCGCUAUUGGCCUCCAAAGAGAAUUGGUGGCACAGUUCUGGAGACUGGUUGUGCUGUGGAUAAGCAGGAGAGUGCUCCAGCAGCUCAGUGAUUAUUUUCAUUAUAACAUGUAAUUUUACCAUUGUUUGAAAACUGAAAAAGUCUACUUGAUGAAAUAUAAAGUCAACCCUUGAAAGUGCAUUUAAAAAGCAUUUCUUUCUAAGUUACACAAAUAAAUAACAAUUCGAGUCUUGACCAUUAGCUUGCUUAAA